CUGUUAACAGUCAUAUGCAGCCGCUGGGGGCGGAGAGAUGGGGACAAAACAGCAGGGGAGGGGCUGAGAGCAGAAAGCCACCCACGGCAGCUUCACAGAUGCCCCACAGAAGAGGGCAGGGUGUCCUGUCAGACUUGAUGGAGGCUGCAGUAGCCUCAACGACCACUGCAGCCAUGGACUCUGGCCCACAAGACUCAGAUAAUAAUUGGGUACUGGCUGGCUCCGAGAGCCUGCCUGUGGAGACCCUGGGCCCAGAAUCCAGUAUGGAGCCAGGAUCUGAGGGUACUGCCCUAGCUCCCCAGAGCUCCUUGGAGUCAGGUACUGCUGAAUUGCCUGGGACCUUGGAUGGAGAAGGAACCCUUGUCCAGACUGUAAGCCCCCCAUCUGAGCCCACUCUGCCAGAGGAGCCAGAGGUCAAGGGCACUCUGGCAGGUGACAUGGGUGAUGCAGGGCCUCCUGGCCCAGGGGACACAGAGGUGCCUGGUGAUGUGCAGGAGACGCCCGUGGCUGUUGGCCCAGAACUGGACACACAGGACGUGGAACAUGGGGGCUCCCUGCGGAGGUUGCCCUCAAGCCCGAACCCCAAAGCAGCUGCCUCACCUGCAUCACCAUCCCUCCUCCCAGCUUGGAUUGGGCAUGAGGGCCACUGCUCUAGCAGCGAUGAUGACACUGACAUGGACGUGGAGGGUCUGCGGAGACGUCGGGGCCGGGAGCCCAGCCCGUCCCGCCCCACAGUGCCCCUGGACACAAAGGACUGCGCCCACGUUGAGGGUGCUGCCGGGGAGCUGGGCAUCUCGCUCAAUAUGUGUCUGCUCGGGGCCCUGGUACUGCUCGGCCUGGGGCUCCUGCUUUUUUCUGGUGGCCUCUCAGAGUCUGAGAGCGGCCCCGUGGAAGAAGUGGAGCUGCAGGUCUUUCCAGAUCCUGGCUUAGAUGCUGGCCUGCUGGAUGGCUCAGGGGGUGAGCCGGCUGGGCUGAAGGAGCAGCUGCAGGCCCCGGCACCCUUGGACGCGGUUCCCAGCCUACAGAACAUGGGCCUUCUGCUGGACCGGCUGGCCAAGGAGAAUCAGGAUAUCCGGCUGCUGCAGGCCCAGCUGCAGGCCCAGAAAGAGGAGCUACAGAGCCUGCUGCACCAGCCUAAGGGGCUAGAGGAGGAGAACGCCCGGCUCCGGGGAGCCUUGCAGCAGGGUGAGGCCUCCCAGCGGGCCCUGGAGUUGGAGCUGCAGCAUCUGCGGGCCCGGCUCCAGGGCCUGGAAGCUGACUGCAUCCGGGGCCCAGACGGGGUGUGCCUCAGCUGGGGCAGGGGCCCACAGGUUGGCAAGGCUACCGAGGAGCAAGGCCCUGGGGCACGGGAGCCAGCUGCUGGCUUUCUGGAGCAGAAGAGGCAGCUGGAGGCUGAGGCCCAGGCACUACGGCGGGAGCUUGAGAGGCAGCGGCAGGUGUUGGGGUCCGUGCAGCAGGACCUGCAGAAGAGCCUGCGGGAUGUGAGCAGAGGGGGCCCAGCUCCUGCGGGCCUGGCUGAGCUGGGCCAGAGAUUGGCCCAGCAGCUGCAGGGCCUGGAGAACUGGGACCAGGAGCCUGGAGUCUCUGCCAAUGCCUCCUCGGAGGCCUGGCAGCAGAAACCCCAGCUCCAGAAUGCCAGGGAGUGGGGUGGGAAGGAGAAGUGGCGGGAUGGGCAGAAGGACUGGAAGCAUAAGAAGGAAGACUAUGGCCGGGAAAGAAAGAAGAGCUGGCAGGGCGAGGGGGCAGAGAAGCAGAAGGAGAGUCCCCCAAAAGCUGAGAAGUGGGGGAACAAGAAAGAUGGCAAGGGACCUCCGAAGAAGAGCGGGGACCCCGACUCCCGGGAGAGGCAGAAGCACCCUCGGUGGAAGGAAGGGGCUCAGGAUGGGCAGGGCCCCCCUGUGCCCUGGGAGCAGCUGUUGAAGCACAGGUUCCGGGCACCCCAGGGAUGCUCAGGUGUGGCCGAGUGUGCACGGCAAGAGGGCCUGGGCUUUUUUGGCACCGAGCUGGCCCCUGUGCGGCAGCAGGAGCUGGCAUCUCUGCUGAGAACGUACCUGGUGCGGCUGCCCUGGGCGGGCCAGCUGACCCAGGAGCUGCCCCUCUCAUCGGCUUAUUUUGGUGAGGAUGGUGUCUUCCGACAUGACCGCCUCCGCUUCCGGGAUUUUGUGGAUGCUUUGGAGGACAGCCUGGAGGAGGUGGCUGUGCGAGAGACUGGUGACGAUGACGAGGUGGAUGACUUCGAGGACUUCAUCUUCAGCCACUUCUUUGGGGAUAAGGCACUUAAGAGGUAGGCCUUGGGUUGGAGGAAGGUUUGGAUCUUGGGGGUAGAGCGGAGAAAGGUAUGGUGGAAUACGGGUAGGAGUUUUUCCUCUGGGGACGUCUCUCUUUGGUUUUGUGGUCCCCAGCUGGCUUCUUUGCUUACCCUAGGGUGACCCGGAGGAGUUCCUUGUGGGAUAGGGUCAUGAACCUGCAUGGCCCAGGGUGCUGGUUAGGGAUCCCCAUCAUCCCGCCCCUACACCCUCCAGCCGUCUCUGCCAUGCUUGGUGGUCAGUAGGAACGGGUUCGUUUACAUCCCAUGGCCCUGCCCCUUCAAGGACCCCUCCUCCUCUGUGCCUUCCCCUCCCCCAGGUCAGGGAAGAAGGAAAAGCACUGGCGGAAAGACAGGGAGCCGAGGCCCUGGGAGAAGCACGGCCACCCUCGCCACCCCCAUCACCACCGCGGCUGAGGCCCAGCCCAAACUCCAUAGACACUGUCUAAUCCCUGGAGGCCAGACCCCAACCACGCCGCCGGCAUCUCUCCUUGGAUAUCCUUCACUCAGGAGAGCAAAGGAUUUCAGCCUGGUGCACCUGUCCUGCUGUUUAUGCAAAUGAAUGCAAAUGACAAGGACCCGCCGCAGCCUGAAUGUGAAGCCAAUAUGAAGGGGGUGGGGGCAGGGGCCUGGGAGCCUUUUUGAGGGAGGGGUAUCGUUUGGAUUCUGAAGGUAAAGAGCUCUUUGAUCCUAUGGUGUGUGUGUCCCCAGAGUGGGCUCCAUACACCGACCCAGCUUCCCCUCCCCCAGGGCCUUGACUAAAGUUGUUGGCUGGGGGCCAGGGGCGUUUUGCUAAAUUUGGAAGCAGCUGUUCCCCAGGGAGGGGAUCAAGUCCCCUCUUGACCCCUGCUUCUCACGGGGCCUCAUCUCCAUUGUGAACUGCAAACCCAGAUCCUAAUAAAGUGCUGUGUGAGCUGA